AUGGCUACCAACAAACAGCAAUUAACUAAAACAUCAAGUUCAAAAGAAUCUGUCGAUCAGUCGAUAAAUUCUAAUUUUGAGUCGUUCACGUGCUUGUGGCUCGAUCAAAAUGUUAAUUCAACACAAGAUAAUCUCCAAACUCAGAAAGAACUUCGUCAAGUUAUCAAUCAUCUUCGAACAUUUGAUAAAAGUGAUGAAUGUGAACAAUACAUUCGAAAGAUUACAAAAGAAAAAGUUGUUCUCAUUGUGUCAGGUUCAUUAGGUCGGCAAUUGGUACCUCAAGUUCACGAUCUUCGACAGUUUUCUGCAUGUUAUGUCUUUUGUCAAGAUCAGAAAGCAAACGAACAAUGGGCUAAUAAAUAUCACAAGCUUGUUGCUAAAAUAUCGAAAGAUCAAAUAAGUCGAAGUAAAGUAGAAGAUGAUGUUUCAAUAUCAGUAAUUACUACGGGUUCUCAAUCUCUUCAAGCUCGUAAUGCUAUCUUUAUGUGGUUUCAAUUGUUUAUUGAAGUUCUUCUUCGUAUGUAUCAUCAAUCUAAUGAUCGUAAAGAACUUUUGGACAUUUGCAAGAAGAGUUAUACGGGUAAUCAACAACAAAUGAAAAUUAUUGAAGAAUUUGAAAAGACUUACAAAGGAGAAAAUGCGAUUUGGUGGUAUACACGAGAAUCAUGUUUUUAUCGAAUGAUGAAUAAAGCGUUACAUGUACACGAUUUCGAUAUGUUAUUUGCUUUUCGAUUCUUUAUUACUGAUAUUGCCAAACAGAUCAAGAAUAAACAUGAAAAAUUUAUUCGUACUUGCGAAAAUCGAAAUAUAAUUCACGUUUAUCGUGGACAAAUAAUUGGAAAUGAAGAACUAGAACUCAUGGAGAAUAUCAUUGGUGAAUUUCUUUCGAUGAAUUCUUUCUUAUCAACAAGUCGUGAUCGAUCGACUACUCUUCAUUUUGCUCGAUUUACUCCGAAAGCUGAUGACUCUCAACAAAUUAUAUUCGAAAUUGAUAUUGACCCGCGUUUACAAACGAAAGCUUUUGCUGACAUUUCUCAAAUCAGUUAUCAUCAAAACGAAGAUGAAGUAUUAAUAACGCUUGGUGCUUGGUUUCGAAUUGAAAAAGUAAAUAAAGAUAAAAAGGAACGAAUAUGGAUGGUUCGUGUGUCGUUAGCAAGUGAAGAUGAUUAUCAUUUGAAAGAAACAUUUUCUUAUAUGAAAAACACAAUUGGUGACGACACUGAUUUAGAUUCUCUUGGAAGAAUUCUACUAGAGAUGAGUGAAUACCAACAAGCACGAAAAUGCUAUAGAAGAAUGUUGGAUGAGACUCAAUUAGCUAGUGGAAACGCAGCAUUAGGUUUAGGUAAAGCCUGUACUUUGUGCAAGGAAGCUGAUGAAAGUCUUGAACAUCUCCAAGAAACAUUGCGACCACGUAAAAUCCCAACUAAUUAA